AUGCUUCAAGACCGCCUCAGCGAGGCUGCAAUCGCCUUCCACCGCAUCCUGGAAGCUAACAAUAUUCCCUAUGGUAUUUUUGGUGGCUUUGCUAUCGCCUGUCUGGGAGGCGCACGAGAAAGUAAAGAUGUAGACUGUAUUGCUAAGGUCAACAAAGAACGACUCAUCAACAUCGUCGACGGUCGCUCCGGCUUUGUUUUUGUCAAUCAGACUCGUCAAGACUAUGUCGCAUUCCUUUGGUCUGAUACACCUGACAGGAGAAACGCCGUUCUUCUUGAGGUUUUCGUGGAUCAAUUUCCCGGCUCAUGCUAUCCCUUGACCAAUGUGCCCAUGGGGAAGGUGCAGGUGAAGGGUCAAAAUUCCGGACAACAAACGAUUUCACUUCUUGAUCCAGUCCUUAUCUUCAAGGGCAAGCUCCGUGCGGCUGCUCUCCGCUCGAAAUUCCACGAUUCUGCUGAUCUUCGAUGGUUGGAAACACGGUUCAGUGCACAAUUGGCGACUACAGUGGCGCAAUUUGAUCCAGUCUAUGUUGGUCUGGCUCUGCGUCGCUACCCCGAGCUCAACAAUACCUUCCUACGACUCGGAUUGGAUCUUCAAAAGGCCGAGGCAGCAGUGCAGUCCUACAGUCUUGACAAAUUACCGGCUCCACAGCCAGGAGAUGUACAGAAGGGCUUGUUGAGGAUACCCAGCAAUGGCCCCUGA